AUGACUGUCACAGUAUAUGAAUCGUCAGACGAGGAAGAAUACUCAUUCAAGACGCGAGUAGAAGCAUCAGACAAUUCCCAGUCUUCAACUCAGCCAUUAGCAAAAGUCCCAAAAGAGAACCUUUCCAUUCCGCAGGGGAUAACGCCUCGAUCGUCUAGGGUGGAUGCGCCUUUACGAAGACGCGUGUUGCGUGACGAGGAAAUGCACGGGAUUGCCAAAGGCGAUCUCUCAUUACUAAUCCGCAUUCUAUUACUUAGUAUCAUCCAAACCAAUGAUAGAGUCGGGCAGCGAUUCGAGGUCGGCACCGCCGACCGACCGACCCCCGCUGUUCUCGAGUCGCAGGACCUCGAUGUCGUCCGUUGGAUCCACGGGCCUGAAGUGUGCGCCAGACUGCUCCUUGCCUCCCCCACCAGCAGUUAUACGCAAAGUCUCACCGUGAAUCUGCCACAAGUCGGUAGAAGUCGAGAACGCAGUGUCUUCGAGCUCGGUGUUGAAUUAGAUACCCGCCACAUUGCCCACUGCAAGGAGGCUCAGAUAGUGCUUGAUCGGCAUAAACUUGCAUGGGGAACAAUUUUCGAACUAGCACGAGGUGUCACUCGUGGCAUGUGGACAUUCCAAGACAUGAAGGAGCAUCGUCUACGAAAACUCGAAGGUUCGAAUGCUCAAUCUGCCUGGAAAGUUGCUACCGUCAUGGCAGACAAAGAGCCAUCUCGGAUAGGAGCACCAUCGGAACUUUGGUAUUAG